UUGAGCGCGUCCACUGCGCUCCGGCACUCGUCCUGUGCGUCCAUGCGGCCGACGUGGCUGAAGUUGCCGUGCUUGCCGGACACGCACUGCCUGAUGGUGCGGUACGUGGAGCUGCAGGCGGCAUCCUGCAGGCACUGCUCGCUGGCCCGCACGCAGUCCGGCCGCGAGCCGCCCGCACGCCGCACGCCAUCCUCGGCCGCGCAUGACACAUCUGCGAGCAGAGCGGGGAACACAUCCAGGCAACUUUUAAAAGUUCUUUCCUGCUCUUGAAUGGGACUCGGGCGGAGAUUACAAACCUAGAAGAAGAAGUCCGGCCAGCAGCAUCAUCAUCACCGCCGUCCUCAUCAUCAUCAUCGUCACCGCCGUCGUCGACGAGCCUGCCGCGGGAAAAGACGUCCAGCGCUCAGGAGAAGUUCCGAGCCAGUGCGGGGAGUUCCAUGGAGGGGAGAGAAAGACGGGCGAGUCCAACAUCCUCCACAAUGAGCUUGGACAAGCUUUUCCACCAAAUCCUUCUGACCGAACAACAAUUAACUGAGCAAAAUCAGAAGUUAAAAGAAGUGAAGGCGGCCAUUGUCCGAUGCAACGGUGAGUUGAAAGCUGCCACUGAAAAGUACGACAAGACUUCUGAAGAACUGGACAUGAAGGAGCAGCAGUUGUCCUCCAUGAGGCUGCAGAGGGACUUGAUGAAUAAAUGUGAAGAAGAGAUGUCCAAACACACUGAAGAGCUUCUCGGUCAAAAAAGUCACCUCAAGGAACGUCUGCAGGACAAGAUCAGAGCAGAGUUCCAAGACGAAGAGAGUGUCUUCCUGCAGGAGGUGUUCACCUUCAACGGUGACUUCAGUCUGGGCGGCAGCAGAGAGACCGUGUUGACCAGUCAAACACACACUGAGGUCCUGAACCUGGACCGACAGGUGGACUUGUUCCACAAAGAAAUGGAGGAGAUGAGUCAGAGGAACAGCCACAUGAGCAUCCUCAAUGGACAGAGGAGGACUCUCCAGCUUGAACUGCAAGCCCUCAAAAACAUGCACACAGACAUACAGCAGCAGCUCAGCCGGGCUGAAGAGAAGACACAAGCGCUUUUGGCCGAGAGACACCUUGUCAGUCAGAAACAUUUGACUGACAGCACCUGUGUCAGGAUGAGGAAGGAGAUAGAAGAGCACAAAAGAGGAGAAGUAGAGCUCCAGCGAGAAGCCCUCAGCUCAGAAUUGCACCUCCUCCAAAGUAAGAUGGACAGCCAGCAAGGUGAUGAACAGCAGUGAGAACAUCUCUGCUGACGUCACAGAAAGUAGGCGGGACCUUCAAUAUAUUGAAUUACUCCUUCAACCAAAUAUUUGUUCAACUUUUGUGCUAUAAAUAUUUGACUUAUUAAUAGUUAGUGAUUUAAAGGAGUUAUUCAUGUUUAGUGUUUGUGUGAUGGCUGAUUAAUGUUCAAUAUUUAUUCACUCAAAAUAAAAGGUU